GAGUGCCCGAGAUGGCUUAUUUGAUGUCGCAGCAAAAUUUUGAACGACCUUUUUGAAUGCUCUCUCACGAUCCAUGAUUUUCAAGCUUCUUUUUCGAGACAACGCACGAAAAACUGCUACACGCGGUAUCAUCUAUGAUCGUGUGGUCGCGACCGCGCGUUUCACAUUUAGAAGGAAAGAUCAGCGGACCUUUUUUAUCAUCAAAUUGAUUCCAG